GCUGGACAGAAGGAGAUUUUAAGGAGUGAUAUUUUCUACUAAACUGAUCUAGGAUAGAAGUGUUUUGUGUUCCCCUAGAGCACUUUCCUUCUGUGAUUUUAGAACCCCAUCUAUGUCUGCCGGGAGAAUCAGGGGUGUGUCCUGGUCUCGUCGGCUUGCAAGGGCAGCACAGUGCACCAGGAGUGCUGGUGAAUCAGUGGACCUGUGUGUGUGCCAGCGAGCUGCUGAGGUUCAGAAAUUAUGGUUUUCCAAACAGCAUAGAAGUGAUUGAGCCAGAAUUACACUGGAGGAAGGUUGCCCUUGCACUGUGGUGUGAAGAGAGGGAUUGUCAGGUCAGAGAGUACAGUAUGGGGCAGCUUUGGCAGUGAUGGCCAUGUUUUCAUGAAGUUUUUAAAGUCCACCCAGGAAGAGAGACCCCAACUCUGCAUUCUCUGUACCGCUGAUUAAAGCUGCUUGUUCUGACGUCACAGGCUAUGAACCCAGCUCUUUGUGCCCAGUCCAGGGACCAAGAGAUGGAAUGCUGAAGAUGAAGGUUGGCGUGUUCUGGCUCAUUUCUUUCUUCACUAUCACCGAGGGAAGUGAUGGCUUCCAGGGAAGAAAUGAUGGCAUCAAAACAAAAGGAGGACUCAUCGUGAAUAGGAAAAAGCAAACAGGCCCGUUCCAGGAAUAUGAGCUGCUUCUUCGGGUGUCCUAUAGAGAUUCCAGUGAGAAAAAGAAUUUGAAGAAUUUUCUAAAUCUCUUGAAGCCUCCAUCAUUAUGGCUACAUGGGCCAAUGAAGAUUCUCAGAACAAAGGCUACCACAUACUGUGGCAGCCUGAAUGGUGUCCUGCAGUGUGCUUGUGAAGAUGGCUACACCUGGUUUCCUCCCACAUGCCUUGAUCCCCAGAAAUGCCACCUUCACACAGCAGGAUCACCCCAGCACUGUGACUGUCAUCUCAGCAACCUCAGCCAGAGUGUCAAUUUCUGUGAAAGAACAAAAGUUUGGGGCACUUUCAAAAUUAAUGAAAAAUUUACAAGAGACCUUUUGAAUUCAUCUUCUGCUAUUUACUCCAAAUAUAAAACCAGAAUUGAAAUUCAACUUAAAGAAACAUACAAAAGAAUUCAAGGUUUUGAGUCAGUUCAAGUCACCCAAUUUCGGGAUGGAAGCAUCGUUGCUGGGUAUGAAGUUGUUGGUUCCAGUAGCACAUCUGAGCUGCUGUCAGCCAUUGAAAAGGUGGCUGAGAAGGCUCAGGCAGCCAUUCAAAAGUUAUUUCCACUAGAAGAAGGCUCUUUCAGAGUGUUUGCAAAAGCCCAGUGUAACAACAUUGUCUUUGGAUUUGGGUCCAAGGAUGACGAGUAUACCUUGCCCUGCAGCAGUGGCUACACUGGAAACAUCACGGCCAGGUGCCAGGCCUCUGGGUGGCAGGUUGUUAGGGAGACCUGUGUGCUCUCUCAGCUGGAGGAACUGAAGAAGGAUGUCAGUGCAAUUACAGGCAAUGCCACUAAAGCAUCAGUAUCAUCCUUGGUGAGAAAUCUUUCAGUCAUUGUUCAGCAAAACCCGUCAACCACAUCUGGGAAUCUGGCUUCAGUAGUGUCAAUUCUGGAAAAUAUUUCAACCUUAUUUCUGGCAAGCCAUUUCAGAGUGUCUCGUUCAACAAUGGAGGAUGUCAUCAAUAUAGCUGACUAUGCCCUUAACACAGCAUCAGUAGCCAAUUGGACAGUAUUACUGCAGGAAGAAAAGCACGUCAGCUCACAGUUACUGGAGACACUGGAAAACAUCAGCACUCUGGUACCUCCGACAGCUCUGCCUCUGAAUUUUUCUCGGGAAUUUAUUAAUUGGAAAGGGAUUCCAGUGACCAAAAGCCAAUUUGAGAAGGGUUACAGCUAUCAAACAGAAAUGUUCCCAAAAAAUACCUCCGCUCCCAUCAGAGGCCAUGUUUUAAUUGCAUCAGACCAAUUCCAGAAGUUUCUCCCAGAAACUAUUAUUAGCAUGGCCUCAUUGACCCUGGGGAACAUUCUACCCAUCAACAAAAAUGGAAAUGCUCAGAUCAAUGGGCCUGUGAUAUCCGUGGUUAUCCAAAACUAUUCCAUAAAUGAAAUUUUCCUGAUUUUUUCCAAGGUAGAGUCAAACCUGAGCCAACCUCUAUGUGUGUUUUGGGAUUUCAGUCAAUUCCAGUGGAACAAUGCUGGCUGCCACUUAGUGAAUGAAACUCCUGACACAGUGAUGUGUCGAUGUACUCACCUAACCUCCUUCUCCAUGCUGAUGUCACCCUUUGUCCCCCCUGAGUUCAUCUCCAUUGUGAAAUGGAUCACCUAUGUAGGACUGGGUGUUUCCAUUGCAAGUCUCAUCUUAUGCUUGAUUAUUGAGGCUUUGUUUUGGAAGCACAUCACGAAAAACCAAACCUCUCACUCACGCCAUAUUUGCAUGGUGAACAUAGCUCUGUCGCUCCUGAUUGCUGAUGUUUGGUUUAUUGUUGCUUCCACUGUGGACAACACUACAAACCCUUCCGGAGUGUGCAUAGCAGCAGUGUUCUUUACACACUUUUUCUACCUCUCUUUGUUCUUUUGGAUGCUUGUACUUGGAAUCCUGCUGGCCUAUCGGAUCAUCUUCGUGUUCUGUCACAUGGCCAUGCCUUUGAUGAUGGCUGUCGGGUUCUGCCUGGGCUAUGGGUGCCCUCUCAUUAUAUCUGUCAUCACCAUUGCAGUCACACAACCUAGCAAUGACUACAAAAGAAAAGAUGCUUGUUGGCUUAACUGGUCCAAUACAAGCAAACCUCUCUUGGCAUUCGCUGUUCCUGCACUCACUAUUGUGGCUGUAAAUUUGGUUGUAGUGCUGUUAGUCCUAACAAAGCUCUGGAGGCCGGCUGUUGGGGAAAGACUGGACCAGGACAACAAGGCGACCGUCAUCCGCACGGGGAAGAGCCUGCUCAUUCUGACCCCUCUGCUGGGGCUCACCUGGGGUUUUGGCAUGGGAACAAUGGUGGACGACCAGAGUCUGGCUUGGCAUGUUAUUUUUUCUUUAUUUAAUGCAUUUCAGGGGUUUUUUAUCUUAUGUUUCGGAAUCCUCUUGGAUAGUAAGCUGCAACAAUUUCUGUCCAACAAAUUGUCUCCAUUAAGCUCUUGGAUGCAACCAUCUAAGCAAAACUCAUCAGAGUUAUCUGCCAAACCCAAAUUCUCAAAGACUUUCAACCCACUGCAACACAAAGGCACCUAGAUGCUUUCUCAUACUGGAGAAUCCUCAAACAACAUCAUAUUAACUCAGUUUUUAUCAAAUGAAUAAGGCUGGGAACCAUAAAAUCAAGGAAAAAUUUUUGGAGCAACUUGAUAUUUAAAGCCAACUGUUGGUGAAGGAAUUAUGCUUGGUAUUAGAUGGGAUUUUUCUGAUUUCAGAGGCUGAGAAUAAAAUGGAGAGGUCUCAGAGGCUUAUCAGUGCCUCUUUAUCUACAUUUAAAUGGAGAGAAGAUGGAUUAUUCAUGUGGUUUGAGUCAGAGAAUUGAUCCAUAAAUGCUUAUAAUGUUUGUUUU